AUGGCGGUCAGAGUGCUGUAUGUGACAUGUGGAAUGGGCAGCAUCGUUGCUUUCGAUGUAGAAGUCCAGCUCAACGUCGCUGGUGGGGCCCGUCGACGUGCACACCUCGACGAGGCUGCAGAGGCUCUCCGAGAGGUGGGCAUCCCCGUGGGACGACCUCUGCGAGCCAUGCCUGCCGAGCUGGAGAGCGUGCCCGUCGUGUGCGGAGCAGCCCUGCCGCAGAAGCUCGGGCCCAGGCAAGUCUUGGCCCCCGAGCAGGCGUGGCUCCAGUACCAGGCUGCGCCCACCACCGUGGUCGGCACGUCCUCAGCGGCCUGGUCUGCCUGGCAGAGCCUCAUAGGAUGCCAGCCGCACUUUGCGUCCCGUGUCCCGCCCGACGCGUCGCCAAACUUUCGCACUACAGAACAGCGAGGGGCCACAUAA